AUGAACCCAAAUCUUAUGCCAGCUGUCUUGCAAUGCUUAAUGGCCAUUGUUCAUCGUGCUUUUGAGACUGCAUUAUCAUGGCUGGAGGCUCAAAUAUGCGAGACAGGAGAUGCUGCUGAGGUCAGAGAGUCAACUCUGGUUGUCCAUGCUUGUUUUCUCAUAAUGAGUUUGCCUGUCAAAGAAGAACACAUUCGGGAUGUAUCUGUUAAUCUGUUGUCUCAAUUGAGAGAGAGAUUUCCACAGAUUCUGUGGAAAUCAUCUUGUUUGGAUUCUCUUUUGUUCUCUGUGAAUGGUGAUCCACCUUCAUCUCUCGUGAAUGAUCCUGCUUCAGUAGCUUCUGUUCGCUCUUUGUACCAAAGCGUUGUCAAGGAGUGGAUUGUUGAUUCGCUAUCCUAUGCUCCAUGCACCACCCAAGGUCUUCUUCAGGAGCAACUUUGUAAAGCAAACACAUGGCAAAAAGCACAGCCCACUACAGACGUUGUCUCUCUUUUAUCUGAAAUAAAAAUAGGAACAGGGAAAACGGAUUGUUGGAAGGGUAAAAAAACUGCCAACAUUCCUGCAGUAAUGGCAUCUGCAGCUGCUGCAUCGGGUGGAAAUUUGAAGUCAACAGAGGCGUUUAAUAAUGAGCCUGUUCACUUUGGAUUUGUUGUUUCAAAGUAUCUUCACGAAUCUCUUAAUUUGGGAGGAAUCUCAUGUAUAAAAUGCAUAAGAGAAACCGGAACACAAGCCCUAAAACUAAUACAGGAUGUGUUGACCAAGAAAGAAGCUAGGUAUUUCAACAACGACAAAGAGUUAAUGAAGGGUACCUUUAGAUGGCAUAUCUGCUUUAACUUUGUUGUUUUGCGCAUGAUAAGCUUUCAGUAUGACUACUAUUCCUCAGAUCAUAAUCCUUAUGUCUCUCUUCAUUAUUGGAUAUGGGGUCCUAAACUUCAUGUGGCUCAAAAUUUUCCUCAUAUGGCGUUACUUCCGAUUUUGGGAACUGGUAAGUAA